AGCAGCAGCAGCAGCAGCAACUAAACACAACGGCAACAACAAUGCCGGCGAUGCCAAAAGAAAAAGCCACAACUGCCGUUUCAUUAAGUGAGUCAAAUUUCUCAGCCCUUAAGCUGGUGGUUGUGGGCGCUAUGACGACAGCGACGCGCCUACAGCAACAGCAACAGCAACAGCAGCAGCAACUACAGCAACAACAGCAACACCACACCUGCGGCUGUGGCGCUGUCUCGGCAUCAGCAGCAACAGCAGCAACGCCUGCUGGCCAUACAGAGAACAACAACAACAACAACAAUAACAACAGCAACAGCGGCAGCAACAAUCGCAGCUAUUGCCGCAGCAACAUGUAUCUGACAAACGGUUAUACUUCGCCGCUGGCAGCAGCCGUGGCCAGCAACAGUUCGUCAGUUGUGUCAACGCCGCAGCGCAUUAGAAUGUGUUGUCGAGAGUCGCCGUCGUACCAACGUCAGCUGCAGCAGCAGCAGCAGCAGCAGCAACAGCAACAACAGGAGCAAGCGCCUCCAGCUGCACAACAGCAACAACAACAACAACAGCAGCAGCAGCAACAGCAGCAACAACAACAGCAGCAACAGCACCAACAACAACAGCAGGAGCAACAACAACAACAGCAACAAGUCGCGCCACCUCCUCGCCGCUCGCCCAACGACUUCAUCUUUGGCCGUUACAUUGGCGAGGGCAGCUUCAGCAUGGUUUACCUGGCCGUGGACAUACACUCGCGUCGAGAGUAUGCAAUCAAAGUGUGCGAGAAGCGCCUAAUACUGCGAGAGCACAAACAGGACUACAUCAGGAGAGAGCGCGAAGUCAUGCACAUGAUGACCAGUGUUCCAGGCUUCGUCAAUCUCUCUUGCACGUUCCAAGACCAGCGUUCCCUCUACUUCGUGAUGACAUACGCCCGCAAGGGCGAUCUCCUGCCCUACAUCAACCGCGUCGGCAGCUUCGACGCCGCCUGCACACGCCACUACGCGGCUGAGCUGCUGCUCGCCUGCGAGCACAUGCACCGCCGCAACGUGGUCCAUCGCGAUCUCAAGCCGGAGAACAUUCUGCUGGAUGAGGACAUGCACACGCUGAUCGCCGACUUCGGCUCUGCUAAGGUCAUGACCCCGCGCGAGCGCCUGCAGGCGUCGGAUCUGCUCGCCAGCAGCGGCAGCUGCGAGGGGCAGCGGCGUCGGCGCUCCGCGCGCAGCUCCGACGACGACGACGAGGACAGCGAAGAGCUGUACGAUGAGCUGGACGAGGAGGAGCAGGACGACAGGCGCUUGUACUACGACUACGAGGACGAGGACAACGAGGAGGACGAGGCGCCGACGGCCAAUGGCGAGGGAGUGCGCAGCAAUCGCCGGCGAUACCCUAACAUGCGAGCGCGCCGGGGUAGCUUCGUGGGCACCGCUCAGUACGUCUCCCCGGAGGUGUUGCAGAACGCGCCGAUCACACCGGCCGCCGAUCUCUGGGCACUCGGCUGCAUCAUCUAUCAGAUGAUAUCGGGUCUGCCGCCGUUCAGGGGCAGCAACGACUACGUCAUCUUCAAGGAGAUCCUCAGCUGCGCCGUGGACUUUCCGCAGGGAUUCGACAAGGACGCCGAGGACCUGGUUAGGCGGCUACUCAAGAUUGAUCCCCGCGAGCGCUUGGGCGCCCAAGACGAGUUCGGCUACUACGAGAGCAUCCGGGCUCAUCCCUUCUUCGCCGGCAUCGACUGGCAAACGCUGCGCCAACAGACUCCGCCUCCCAUCUACCCCUACCUGCCCGGAGUCAGCCAAGAUGAUGCGAUAUGCACGGUCAACGGCGUCAGCUACAAUCAGCCCAUCAGCGGGGAUCUGGAGCCGGGACUGGAUGAGCGACAGAUCACGCGGCUGCUCAGCGCCGAGUUGGGCGUGGGCAGCAGCGCCGCAGCGCCCGCCCAAAAACCUUCCACGGCGAAAAAUUCCUUCGACUUGAGCGACGCCCAGAAACUGCAGCGGCUCGAGGCACAAAAGUCUGACAAAUGGCAUUCGUUUGCCGACGGCGAGGUGAUCCUGAAGCGCGGCCUGGUGAACAAGCGCAAGGGUCUGUUCGCCCGGAAGCGGAUGCUGCUGCUGACGACGGGGCCGCGGCUCAUCUACAUCGAUCCCGUGCAGAUGAUCAAGAAGGGCGAGAUACCCUGGAGCCCGGAGCUGCGAGCGGAGGUCAAGAACUUCAAGAUCUUCUUCGUGCAUACGCCCAAUCGCACCUACUAUCUGGACGAUCCCCAAGGCUAUGCCAUACAGUGGGUCGAGGCAAUUGAUAACAUGUCGAAACUGUGCUACGGCGAAGCGGCCCUUAGCUCGACGCCGGCGAUGACAACAGGUGGCGCCAGCGAUGCAGCAGCGGCGACGUCGACUGCGACGACGAGCAUCUCCUCGUUCGCCUGCUCGACGGGCGGCAGCAGCAACAGCCUCGCCAUAGUCGGCAGCACGAAUUCGCCUGCCUCCAACAACAGUUCGCCGACAGCGCGGCGAAGUUCGCCGGCGCAGCGACAGCAAAUGGAAACAACAGCAGCAGCAACAACAACAUCGGUAGCAGCAACAACAACAACAACAGCAACAACAGUGAGGGGCAAAAAGACAGCGUCCAAUUGAACAGCUGAACACGUGUCGUGACUGUUGUUAUUUAGAUUUAAAUGCAAAUUAAAUUCUAAUUUAGUUGAAAUUUAGUGCAAACAACAAACACCUAGA